GGGAACAGUAGUAAAAGCUUGUUUGUGUGGGUUAUCGGGGUCUCGCCCGUAUAAUAAGUUAAAAACUGAUGUUUUCCUCACUCUAUUCUCGUUGCGAAAGUUUCCAAAGUCGACAACUGUCGCUUCGAAACCUUCGCAAGCACCCCGUGCAUCCGGCGAAAGUGCAUCUACAUUAUUGAAUGGUGCCAGGAGCAACACGAUAUCUUUGCGCUUGAACUGGGCUGCUCGUAAGAAUGGCGUACAGCCAAAGUUAUCACGGACCCUCCGCUUCAAAUCCGGAUGCUCUAGAAGACAUUGGACGACGUCGGUGUGUCCUGCCUGGGCUGCUAGAUGCAGCGGUGUGAUACCAUUCAAAAGUUGACUGUUGAUCUUGGCUCCAGUGCGCAAUAAAAUGCGCACUAUCUCCUUAGCGCCCUUAUCACAAGCAUUAUGCAGCGGAGUCCAGCCGCCAUCACUUCUGGAGUCAAUAUCUGCACCAUGUCGGAGUAGAAGAUGUACAAUAUUGUCCCAAUCAUGCGCGAUUGCGAUAUGAAGUGCACUUUUAUUUCUGUACUCGGUCGCAUUUACGUUCGCAAUGGGCCCAUGUGGUCUUGUCAAAAGCAACUCUGCGAAGCGCAACUUUCCCGUCGCGCAAGCCCAGUGCAGUGGAGUUCGACCCAACUCGUCCUGGCCGGCUUCACCAUCGAUCUCGCAAACAGUCUUCAACAAAAGUGCAAUAACAUCCUCACCCCAGUUGCAGUGCUUAUCGGCUGCCAGGUUAUGCAGCACAUUCCUCUUUCUGUGAUCUUUCGCGUUGACAUUUGCGCCUCGUGCGAUUAGUAUUUGCAGCACAUGCCAGUGGUUCUUCCAGGCGGCUGUCAUCAACGCCGUUCGGCCAUCCUUAUCCGUCGCCUCUAGAGGUACGCCAUAAUCUAACAGCAGCUGCACUAUCCGGACGUGAUUCCGCUCAACGGCGCGCAGUAGCGGUGAAGGGCGAUUAUUCGCGGCGAGAGGAGAGGGUCGAUUACUCCCAUCCUUCUGAUUCACGCACAAUAAGUCCAACAAAUACUGCGUUGCGGCAAUGCAUCCGCGCUCGCAGCUUCGCAUAAGCCCAACUCGCAGAAAGUUGUCGCUGUACUGGCCAUUCUCGUGGGCCAAUUCGAUAAUGUGCCUCAGCGCCUCGACGCUGUCGUUUUCGGCCGCUCGUAAUAAACGCGGCUCCAGACGGUCACCGCUGUCACUUGCAAUACUAGAUCGUGACCUGGACAUGGUCAAGGCUUUGGGCGGAUGCCGCUACCGCAUUCUAUCGGUCGGUGCAGCUUUGACACGAGUGAACGCGCAUCGAAGCUGAGGCGGAAAAAAUGGCGAUUCUGACAGUAAAAAUUGCGGCAAAGUGUGUGAUUAGCGUAAUUACCACACGGGAAACCAAUACGAAGUCGAUCAUUUAAGCAAUGGCCCAGACGUGAGGUAGUUCAUUUAGCUGCAGAUUUUGAGGCCGAUCCGCAAUAACGUCCAGUAUUCUGGCAGGGUCUGAGCGAUUCCUUUUUCCCUUUUUACUUCGUUUCCCCCCACCUCCCUUGGUUGCCA